AUGACAGCCGGUUCGAUCCUAGAGAGCUUGAAGACGGUAUGGGAGACGUGGAACAUCCGUUGCCUGGUCAUUUUAAGCCUCUCAUUGCAGGCAUUCCUCAUUCUUGUUGCACCUUUCAGGAAGAGAAGCGCUAACGCGUGUCUCAUUUUCCUUGUCUGGUCGGCUUAUUUGCUCGCCGAUUGGGCAGCUGCAUUUGCUGUCGGACAUAUUUCCAGCAGGCAAAGUGAUGACAAGUCCGGUGGAGCUGCCAAUGAAAAUCUCGUAGCAUUCUGGGCUCCAUUUCUUCUGGUACAUCUCGGAGGACCGGACACAAUCACUGCCUUCGCUUUGGAAGAUAAUGCCCUCUGGCUCCGGCACAUGCUUAACCUCGUCUUUCAAGUUUCAGCUGCCAUUUAUGUCUUCUAUCAAACACUCCCCAAAAACAAGCUACUGAUCCCGACAGUUCUGAUGUUUGUUGCUGGAGUGGUGAAGUAUGGAGAGAGGACACGAGCGCUGUAUCUUGCCAGCUUGAAACGUUUCAAGAAGUCCAUGCUCCAAAAGCCUGACCCAGGUCCUAACUAUGCGAAGCUCAUGGAUGAAUAUUCUUCCUUGAAGGAAGCCAUGCUUCCAGCUCACAUAGAGAUCAUUCCGGAACCCAACAAAGAAUCAAAAAUGGCGAUUUACGAGGCUGAAGAUGGCAAACUUGAUGAGGCUAGCGUGGUGAAGCACGGUUACCACUUCUUCGACAUCUUCAAGGGUCUAAUCGUCGACCUCAUCUUCACCUUCCAUGAGCGGCGAAUGAGCCGGGAAUUUUUCCACAAAAGAACCGCUGAAGAUGCAUUCAAGGUGAUACAAGUCGAACUUAACUUCAUCUACGAGGUCCUCUACACGAAGGUGGUGGUGGUACAUUCUAAGUUGGGCUAUUUCUUCCGCUUCUUAGCCUCAGGUAUUGUCAUAGGAGCUCUUGUUCUGUUCACCCGCUUAAAGAAGAAUGGAUUCCACAGAUUCGAUGUUUGGGUGACCUAUGGUUUGCUAUAUGGAGCCAUUGGCCUUGAUGCAAUUGCUCUGUUCAUGCUCCUAUUCUCUGAUUGGACUGUCGCUACCAUCAAAAACUCUGUCAUCCUUAAUAAGCUCUUUGGUAAGAACUACGUUGCCUUCAUCACUCGCAUGAACAAACCAACCUUUACGAAGUGUCAGACACAGCCUGAGUAUGAGGUGUUGGAUACACCUGUAUUGUUUCGUCGGUGGUCUGAAACCAUCUACUCUUACAACCUUCUAUCUGUUUGUCUUGAUGAGCAUCCGAAAAAAAUCCAGAAGUCAAAGGGUUGCUGUGGCGAUAAUUGUGGAAAGAUCUUUGGCAUCUUGCUAGAUAUACUCGGGAAAAUAGUGUUUUAUCUCGGUCUACCUUUUUGGGCAAUCCUCAGAUUAAUUGCAUCAUUCAUCAGGGCCAUCUCCCAUGGUUUGCAGAAGAUCUUUGAUUGUUUCUCAAAUAAAUUGGGUCUGACUGAAGUUCUUAAUGGAAACGCCAUUCUACACUAUGUUUUCGAUGGCCAAUGCAGUAAGAUCAUUGGUAAACUCUGCAUCUUUCCCUUGUAUAUCCUUGGUUUGGAGAUAUCUUGCCUCAACUGGAUUGUUCGGGCACUGGAUAAUGAUUUUUAUUUAGUAGAUACCGCCCAUAGAUUUUCCCGUGCCUUGAUACUGACCUUCAAUUUAGCUGCUGAAAGUGUUGGUCUAGACGAAGUUCUCGAUUCGUUGAAAUAUGUGUCGAGGAACCCCUUUCCUAAGAAGUUGUGGGAGUUCAUAUUUGAUGAGCUCCAAGUUAAGUCAAUGUUUGCAGAGGACACGGAAAUGGCGAAGGAGAUAUACGAGGCUAGAGGCCAGUGGGUUCUCCAGGAUAGCGAGUGGAAAAAAGAUUGCAAGGAGAUAAUGAAAUAUGUUGAAGGCGUUGAGUACGAUCGGAGCAUUCUUUUAUGGCACGUUGCUACAGAACUCUGCUACAACACAGAAAAUGGCACGGAAGAUUUGAAUAGGGAGUUCAGCAAGAUCCUGUCGGAAUACAUGUUGUACCUUCUGAUCAAGCAACCCACAAUGAUGUCCAAUGUGGCCGGCAUCGGCGAGAUAAGAUUCCGGGACACAUGCGCCGAGGCAAAGAAGUUCUUCGAGAGGAGGGGAAUCGAGAAAGAAAACAAACUGAAUGACGCCUGCGAGAAAAUCCUCAACGUGAUGACGAAGGCCAAGGGCGCCGAGCCGAUCCACGUGAAGGGAGAUAGGAGCAAAUCGGUCUUGUUUGACGGAUGCAUCUUGGCCAAAGAGUUGAGAGAGCGAGGGCAAGAAAAGUGGAAGAUCAUGUGUAGAGUAUGGGCGGAGUUGUUGUCCUAUGCAGCAAGUCAUUGCAGAGCAGAGACACAUGCCCAAGUACUUAGUAAAGGAGGCGAGCUUGUGACUUUCGUUUGGCUCUUGAUGGCUCAUUUAGGCAUUGGACAGCAGUUCCAAAUCAAUGAAGGCCAUGCUAGAGCAAAGCUUAGUGUGGGUGGUUAG